AUGAGCAACUACAGAAAAGUUCAGCCAAUUUUCCAGCAGCUGCUUAAUGAUAUCAAAGAAGCUGGGACCUUUAAAACCGAACGCAUCAUUACUACUCCUCAAAGAGUCGAGAUCAGAGCAGAAGGCAAAACAGUCUUGAAUUUUUGCGCAAAUAAUUACCUAGGCCUAAGCGACAACAAAAGAGUCAUUUCUGCUGCCAAAGCAGCCCUUGAUAAGUAUGGAUUUGGACUCAGCUCGGUCCGGUUUAUUUGUGGAACUCAAGACAGCCAUAAAGCGCUUGAAAGAAAAAUUGCUGAGUUUCAUGGCAAAGAAGAUGCAAUUUUGUACUCGAGCUGCUUUGACGCUAACGCAGGGAUUUUUGAAGGGAUUCUUACAAAGGAGGAUGCAAUCUUGACUGAUGCCCUAAACCACGCAUCCAUAAUAGAUGGAGUUAGGCUAUGCCAAGCUGAGAGACAAAUCUAUAGGCAUCUUGAUAUGGCCCAUCUAGAAGAAUGCUUACAGAAAACCCAAGAAAAGCGUAUAAGACUUAUAGUCACUGAUGGUGUUUUCAGCAUGGAUGGAGAUUUCGCUAACCUCCCAAGAAUCGUUGAGCUUGCUGAACAAUAUAAUGCGUUGGUCUUUGUCGACGAAAGUCAUGCCACUGGCUUUAUUGGCAGAACUGGAAGAGGAACUCCUGAAUAUUUUGGAGUUGCAGACAGAAUUGACGUGAUUAAUUCAACCCUUGGAAAAGCUCUUGGAGGUGCUAGUGGUGGCUAUACUACAGGCAAAAAAGAAAUUAUUGAUAUUUUAAGGCAAAAGUCUAGACCUUACUUAUUUUCUAAUUCCCUUGCUCCUUCUAUUGUUGGAGCUACCCUGGAAGUCUUGAGUUUAUUAGGUGAAAGCUCUGAAUUACCAGAAAAAUUGAGAGGAAAUACCAAUAGGUUUAGAAAUGGGAUGAGAAAUGCUGGAUUUAACAUUAUUGGACAUCAGGAUUCACCUAUUGUCCCUAUCAUGCUGGGAGAUGCAAAAUUGGCUUCACAACUAGCCGACGAUAUGCUGCAGAAAGGAAUUUAUGUGAUUGGAUUUUCAUUCCCUGUAGUUCCAAGGGGACAGGCUAGAAUAAGAGUUCAGCUAAGUGCAGCUCAUUCGGAGCAACAGAUUGAUAGAGCGAUUGAAGCUUUUACGCAAUGUGGAAGAAAUAGAGGAAUAAUUCAAUAA